AUGACUUCAAACCAUAUCACCAAGGUGGCCAUCGUUGGGGCUGGCGGAAACAGUGGAAUCUUCAUGACGGAGGCUUUGCUUAGAACCGGAAAGCACACUAUCACGGCACUCGUACGAGCCGGCAGUCAAAACAAGCUACCAGAUGGUGUGAUCCCCAAGCAGAUCGACUACAGCAGGCCGGAAACCCUUGUCGAGGCGCUCCAAGGCCAAGAUGCUCUAGUUAUCACACUCAGUGGAGGCACCCCACACGAGGUUGACCUUGCCCUCGUGAACGCUGCCGGCGAGGCGGGUGUUCCAUGGAUCUUGCCAAAUGAAUGGGGACCAGACUCAGCGAACAAAGAUCUGAUCAAGGAUAUUCCGAUAUUUCAGCCCAAGGAGGUAAUUCGCAAAGCCAUCAGUGACCUUGGCAAAAGCUCCUAUAUUUCCGUCAGCACAGGCUUCUGGUACGAAUGGAGUCUAGCAAUUCCCGAAGCCUAUGGCAUCGAUCUUUCCAAUAAAACAGCAACAUUCUUCGAUGAAGGCGAGACCAAGAUCUCAACUUCCACUUGGCCACAGGUCGGUCGAACUGUUGCCUCUAUGUUGAGCCUACCUAUCCAAGCCGAAGGCGCUUGUCUCGAUAGCCUGAGGAAUCAGGUCGUCUAUGCCGAUUCGUUUACCGUCAGCCAGAGAGACAUGUUGGAGUCUGUAUUCAGAGUCACUGGGACCACGCAGAGUGAUUGGACUAUCAGCAAGCAGUCGGCUAAGGAGAGGUAUGAAGGCGGAAUGAAGGAUAUGCAGAACGGUGAUCGAAUUGGAUUUGUGAAGUCGCUAUACACCCGGGUCUUCUAUAAUGAUGGUUCUGGAAAUGUUGAAUCUAAGGGGACACUGAAUGCCUUACUUGGAUUGCCGAAGGAGGAUAUCGAUGAAGCGACCGAGAGGGCGAUUGAACGAUCCAAGAUCACUACAUGGAGUUGA